CGUGUCUCUCGGCAGGUGGCGCACUACGCCACGUUAUCACCAAGUUACACGCUAAUAAUUCCACAGAAGAAAAGGAAUGACGACUUUCUAACUACAUUUUACUCUUCGGGUAUUUUUUCCUCUAUUUAUUGGAAUAUUAGAGGCCUUUAAUAGUCAAGGAGUCCCUCAUGAUGGCACUAAAAUCAGGCGAGGAGCGCCUCAAGGAGAUGGAGGCAGAGAUGGCGCUGUUUGAGCAGGAGGUUUUGGGAGGACCAGUGGCUGUGAGUGCAGGAGGGCCUACUGUAGUGGAGGUUCCUGUGGCUCUGGCUGUGCCAGCCGUACAAGCUCUGUCAGUAGUUCGGCCCAUCAUAGGCACCAACACCUACCAACAGGUCCAGCAAAGCUUGGAGGCUAGAGCUGCUACGCUAGUCGGACCUCCACCUCCUACAUUCGUUGGUCCAGCCGUACCUGCAGUGCGGCCUCCACCAAUGAUGAGACCUGCAUUUGUUCCACACAUUCUCCAAAGACCAGGUGCACAGAGACUGCCAAUGAUGCGUGGCCCUCCACCACAAGGUAUGCUGGCACCUCCACUGCCCCGCCCUCCUCCUCCACCACCAAUGAUGAUGGCACCCCCAAUGGCCGGACCCCCUCAGCACCCCAUGGCUUCCAUCGGACCACCUAUGGGGCCCAUGAACCCAGUUCCACCUGUUGACACAAUGAGCCAAGUGGUGACAGCUCCACCUCGGCCAGUGACACAGGCACCACUUAAAGUCACCCCCAGCAUUAUCCAGGCCGCCCCCACCGUAUAUACAGCACCACCUGCCCCAAAGAGACCAGACAUGAGAGCGCAAAGACAAGCACGCAUUGAGGAGCUGGCAGCAUCAGUAGCUGAACAGCAGGCAGCUGCGUUGGCUGCCGGGCUCCUGGAGGCUAAGAAAGACAGCGUCACGGACGACAGCGUCAUCGGACCUAGCAUGCCUGAGCCGGAGCCUGUACACACAGAGCCACCAGAGAGCGUUACGGAGGAUAAGAAGAAAGGCAAACAGGAGAAGGUGAGGAAAUGCAUCCGCACAGCCGCAGGCGUCACUUGGGAAGACACCAGCCUAACAGAGUGGGACACAGACGACUUUAGGAUAUUCUGUGGAGACCUGGGUAACGAGGUGAAUGACGACAUCCUGACAAGAGCAUUCGGUCGCUACCCGUCCUUUCUGAAGGCUAAGGUGGUACGAGACAAACGCACUGGGAAGACCAAGGGUUACGGUUUUGUCAGCUUUAAGGACCCCAACGACUAUGUGCGCGCCAUGAGAGAAAUGAACGGAAAAUAUGUAGGCAGCAGACCCAUCAAACUGCGAAAGAGCACAUGGAAAGACAGGAACCUAGAGCUUGUACGCAAAAAGCAAAAGGAGAAAAAGAAGCUUGGGCUUAGAUAAGCUCAGAGAGACUGAGUCAAAACCGUAGUGCAAGUGUGAGACCGUGUUUACCUCCAUCUCCUGCUGCACACAGACAGCCUCAAGAUGGAAAAGACUGGAAUAUAUUGAUGUAUACUGUGGUAGCAGAGGAUAUAUGUGGAUCAGUAACACUGGUUAUUUAAAGUGUGAAGCUUUGAUUAAUGACAUUGGCUGCAGUGCAAUAGCAGGUUCUCAUUUCAGUCGCUCGUCCCGGCUCAUUAGAAUGCACUGCACUGAUACCUCCUCUUUUUAUAUUGAUCUAAGUCUUUUACAGUUGCUUUCAACAUCCACUUUCAAACGUAUGUAGUACAGUUUUGUGUUUUAUCUCGAUUUUUGCUCAUCCAGUUACCAGAACUAACCAUCUUGCUCUUUUAUAUUGAAGUUAGAAGGAGCUUGUGAACAAUAAUGCAAAACUUGUAAUAAACCUCAUGUUUCAUGUUUA